CUGCAGAGAGAUCUAUUCUUAGGCUGUCUGUCCAGGCCAUCCGAGCAGGCAAGAACUCUUCUCCUUAUGCUUUUUAAUUGACUGAAAAAUCUGUGUAAACAGCAGUGGGCUUGAAUUCUUUGUUGCGUUAAAGUCUGAUCAAUUGUGUGAAGCUUCUCGGUGCCUGCGCGUACCCGGGGGUUUGGUCAUCCCGACUGCAGGGAAGAAUUAAGGAAGUAAUUGAUCCAAAAAGAAGAUUGUCUUCAAAAUGAACAAUUACACAGUAACUCUGAGUGGACCUGCACCAUGGGGAUUCAGGCUGCAGGGAGGCAAAGAUUUCAACAUGCCCCUGACCAUCUCUCGGAUCUUACCAGGCAGCAAGGCGGCAAAUGGAAGCCUCAAUCAGGGUGACAUCAUUACAGCAAUUGAUGGAGUCAGCACUGAGGGCUUGACCCAUCUGGAGGCCCAGAACAAGAUCAAGUCUGCCAUCUCUAAACUCAGCCUCAGCAUGCAGAGGUCGAGACGUCCCGCUCCUGUACCCACAGCCACUCCGAGAAUGGACUCACCCAUGCCAAUUAUCCCUCACCAGAAGGUCAUUGCCAACACACCUGCCAACCAAGAGUACGUUCCCAAUUUCAACCCCAUCGCACUGAAGGACUCAGCAUUGUCCACUCACAAGCCUAUCGAGGUUAAGGGCCCCGGGGGAAAGGCUACUAUCAUUCAUGCCCAGUACAACACUCCUAUUAGCAUGUACUCUCAGGAUGCCAUUAUGGAUGCCAUUGCUGGUCAGGCCCAAGCCAGAGGAAAUGAAGAAACCGCUGGAUCUCCCCUGUCUUCACUUCCUGUGAAGGACCCUCUUGUGGACAGUGCUUCUCCUGUUUACCAGGCUGUGAUCAAACCUGAUAAGGAUCUUGAGAUGUCCGAGUGGGCCCGGCGUGCUGCAAACCUGCAGUCCAAGUCCUUCCGCAUCCUUGCUCACAUCACAGGAACGGAAUAUAUGCAAGAUCCAGAUGAGGAGGCUCUUAGAAAAUCAAGGGAGAAAUUUGAAUCAGAGGUAAAAGGCCCACGGUUCGCCAAACUGAAAAACUGGCACAAUGGUCUGUCUGCACAGAUCCUUAACAUCCAAGGGUAAAUCCCGGCUGAUGUUACUGGAUAGAGGUUACUGAGGAGAUAACAGUCAAGAAGAAAAGGGGAAUGCAAAGUCAGGGUGUGAUAGGCCGAGAGGAGGAUUCUAGUGACUGGAAUGCGAGUUAGAGUUAUAAACUAGCCUGUAAGUUAAUAAACUGAAAGCUUUGUGUUUGAUGUUCAUACGUCUGUUUAUUUAAUGUAACUUUCUGCCACUGAAACGUAGUGCGUAGUUCUCAGUUGUCUUUUUUCUUUUCAUUCUUCAUUCUUCUUUUUUCAUUCUUUUUUCUCUUUUGGCUGCUCUGUUUAUCCUAAAUUAUUGCUGAGUAACAAAUUGCCUAAAUUAAUUGCUUAUGUACAAAACUGAACCUGAGAAAAAUGAUAAGAUAUAUGUACCACAUCCACCGCCAUGCACCACAGCAUACACUGAAAGAAAACCAAAUGUACUGUUGUUCAUGUGAAUAAAAUAUUAUUCAUUUUAACCAAAUAAA